AUGGCUAAUGACCACCCUCGGCCUGCUAAUCAGCUCUUUGUCUGGGGUGCAGGCAACUUUGGCCAGUUUGGAUGGGGUGCCGACCAACUCGGGGAAUUCGCUGUUCCCAAACGCAAUACGUGGUUCGAGAAAAAGAUGGAAGAAGGUGGCUUCGGCGGGGAAGGCGCCGGCCUCGAGGCCAUUGCUGCAGGUGGUCUCCAUACCCUAUUCAUUGAUGAGAAAGGAACUGUGUGGUCAUGCGGUGUGAAUGAUGACGCAGCACUAGGACGUGUCACCAAGGACGUUCCAGAUCCAGAUAAUCCUGGAAAAUUUAUCCACAUUGAUGAGCUUACCGCUAUCCCGUAUCCUCUUCAGUCGCUUGUUGAUGAGGGAUUCCGCGCAGUAAGGAUUGCUGCUGGUGAUAGUAUUUCUGCCGCCAUCAGCGAUGACGGCGAACUUCGAGUUUGGGGUUCUUUCCGUGCUGCAGAAGGCUCCCUUGGCUUCUCUGGCGACGUGCGACUAGAAUUCCUUCCCAAAGCGAUUUUAGAUUUGCCCACAAAAGCUGGCGAUGCUGAGAAGGCUGUUUCAGUUGUGUCAGGCAACAACCAUCUUCUCGUGCUGACUACACAUGGCAACGUCUACGCGUGGGGUGCUGGAGAGCAAGGCCAGCUCGGUCGCAAAAUUCUCGAACGUCGUAAGAUCCAUGGCACAGUCCCCGAAAAAAUCAUUCUUGGUACCCGCCACAACCGUGCAAUAUUGGUUGGCGCAGGAAACUAUCACUCAUUUGCCAUCGACGAAGAGGGCGACGUCUGGGGUUGGGGCUUGAAUACGAUGGGUCAGACAGGCACCGGGGUCGCGGAACCAAAAUCGAUGUCCGACGAAGUGCGAUCACCAAGAAUCAUCAGGUCGCUGUGCCAGAGGACCCUCGGUGAUUCAAUCGUGCAGAUCACAGGCGGCGAACAUCACACUCUUUUCCUGACUUCGACUGGGAACGUGUAUGCGUGCGGUCGGUGUGACGGUGGUCAGCUUGGUAUCAGCGACGAGGUCGAGGAAUAUGCUUCACGCAAGAACACUGAAUUCGUCCCGGAACCUAUGUUGGUCCCGUUCCCAGACCCGGACGAUCCUAUCGUGUUCAUUUCGGCUGGCACACACAAUAACAUGGCUAUCUCUCGUGCAGGCGCGCUGUACGCAUGGGGAGAGGAGUCUCAAGGAGAAUUGGGUGUUAACGAAAAGGAAGCUAAGACCCCAACGGUGGUGGUGCGCAAGGAUGGUGGCGCAUGGAGGGCAGUGAGCGUUGCCUGCGGUGGCCAGCACACUCUUGGGAUGUUCAGAAAGAAGACCUAG